GAGUCUAAAUUGCUGUCGGCGUCAAAAGUAUGGCUGUUACUGUUUGAUUAUCAUUCAAUUUAUAUGACGUAGUUAUUUUUAUCUUAUUGUUGUUUAGAAUAUUUAUUUUCAAUUAUUAGACUAUAUAAUUAACUCAGUGAGAUCUCGAAUAACCUAUAAAUUAGAUAUUAAACAUUUUUAAUUAACCAAAUAGUACGAUAAAAAUGGCGAUUCCAGAAGCAAAUUCGUCUACUACUUUUUACACCCGUGAAGAGGUUGCUAAGCAUACAAAUAGUGAUAAUUUAUGGUUUAUUAUUCAUAAUAAUGUUUAUGAUAUAACUGGAUUUUUAAAAGAGCACCCUGGUGGUGAAGAAGUUUUAUAUGAGCAAGCAGGUUUGGAUGCAACAGAAGCUUUUGAAAAUGUCGGUCAUUCCAGUGAUGCUAGACAAAUGAUGGAACCAUAUAAAAUUGGUGAACUUGUGGAGGAAGAAAGAAAUAUUUCUUCAAAGGAUGAUAAAAAAAGAGACUGGGGAAGUGGUGAUGGUGAUGACGAUGGAUCGAGUCGCUGCUGCAUGGUGAUGUGAUGAUUGGCAAUUCUAGUGGCUCUUGGAGAUCCUGGCUGAUUCCUGUAGCAGUUGGAAUUCUCGCAACACUGAUUUAUCGCUACUUUAUCGCAGCUCGUUAGAAAGAAUUCUAAAACAUUCCAAUAAAAAAAAUCAAGAAAUAACAAGAGAAUGAAAAAAAAGAGCGAGUCUCUUUUUAAAACGAUGAUAUUUUUUUUUUAAUUUAAAUCGAUCAUUGUUAUCAUUUAUAGUCAUACAAAACAAAUGUAAUUGUUACAUGCCUUUAUAUUAUUUCUACUAUAAUAUGCCUAACUUAAAAUGACUUUACUUGUAAGUAUUUUCUUAUGAUGGGAUAUUUUAAUACAAAUACUGGGAUUGAUUAAUUGGGCAUAACAAAAUGUUUAUGGAAUUAUGUAUAAAAAUUAAUGGAGGACACAAUCUAUUUGCAUUUAUAUAAAUACAUAUAUAAAUAUAUAUACAUGUGUGUAA